UUAAUGCUCCAGAUAUCAAUCCUAAUGAAGCUGAAAUGCUUAAGCUAAAUCCUAUAUGUUCUUUUACUGAUAAUAUAACUUUACAACAUCAUUAUUUAUGGAAAACAUAUGCUUCAGGUGAUAUCGGGGGUAAAUAUGAUAUUCAAGAUUGGGGUAUGAAUAAUGAUGAUUGGAUUAAGCUUUGUAAUAUAGAUUUCGUAAAAAAAUUCAAUAAUCCUGAACCUUUAAAGCAUUUCAGAGGGUUGGCAUAUUUUAGAAGACAAGGUUUUAAUGCAACAAAUUCUAUAGAAAAUCUAAAAAUCAAAGAAGAAAUGCAAUGGGAAGAUUCACAUGAUUCUAUAGACCCUUCCUCAGUUGAUUUGCAUAAAUUUUAUUCAGCAAAACAGUGGGAAGCGAUACAUAAUCUUGUCCAAUCAAUAGGCUUUAGUGAUAUUGAUGACAUGAAUAUUCUUUCUGGUGAUGAUGUGGCAAAAGUUUUCAAACAAUCACAGGAAAAAAUUGUUAAAAUUCGAGAAGAUGCAUUAUUGCUCUUCGGUUUUAAGACCAGAGCUAAAGGAUUACCUGAUCUCAAUGCUACAAUAAAGUUCAUUAAUGCAAUACUAGGUAAUUGGUGUGGUUAUACUGUCAAGAGUGGUGCAAUUCGUGUAGGCCCAAGAACUAAUUGGGUAUGGAAGAAAACAUAUUGGAUUGAUUGCAAACCAUAUAAUGAAACUGUUGAGAAAUCCGCGACAAAUUCGCCACAAUUACCCUCUUUAGUAUCAACUCAAAUUCAAUCAAAUGAUUCCAAGCAAUUCCCAAUUAUUACUGAAGCUAAGAAAGAGAUAUCUGAACCCUCCUUAUCCAUGAAGCGUCUACCUCCAGAAAUUUCUUUAUCUUCAGAACUUCUUAUCAAAAGCGAAUCUGAUAUAGAUACCCUUAUCCUUCUUUUACAGCAAAAAUAUCAAAUGUCUCAAGAAAAAUUAGAUCAAUGGAGAAGAAAGAUUGCCUUUGAAUUUCGGGAUAAUACCAGUUACUGGAAAAAAGAGCGCGAGAGUAUGAAUGAAAUCGAUUUCCUAGAAUAUAAACGGAAGUUUGAGGCUAAAUUAGGUAUUCCUACUACUCCGCACAAAAAAGAAUUAAAAACCUACUCUUUAGCCCUCAUUGAAUAUGCGUAA